AUACGGUAGCAGACCUUCAACAUCGGUCUGCCUGUAAAUGCUUCAAAUAUUCCCAAAUUUUGACAUGACGAGAUCUUCUAGAAGGCCAUGUCCAACAUCCGCUGCCGUCACUGUCACGCUGUUUAAAUUCUGGGCUCUUGCCAGGCGUGAGCUAGCUAGGUAGACUUGGGUUUGCCUGGCCUGCACUAACUCUUCUGGAGCGUUCCGCGACUUCUCACUUAUUCAAGCUGCGCAUUCGCUUAAUCAGCUUGACAAACUUGCCGAUCAUAACGUUUUCUGGUCCAGCUGGCUCAAACUCUCGAAGUAUUGAUCCAUGACGUCCAAGACCCGUAGUGUUGGCGGCUGCUGGACGUGCCGUCUUCGGCGCAAAAAAUGCGACGAAGCCCACCCAGUUUGCAACAACUGCGCGACUCUCGAGAUUGACUGCCUCUACAGCAACGACAAGCCGGAAUGGAUGGACGGUGGUGAGCGGCAAAGGCAGAGAGCCGAGUGGCUGAAAUCUGAGGUCAAAAGAAAGGCUGCCCAUCGGCGAGAACGUCGUGACCUGCUCGGCAUCGAGGUGAGACUGGAGUCCCUCGAUGCCUCGCUCGUCGACCAAAGCGACAUUGCUCGGAGCAGAGAGUCUCCUGAUGCCACGCCGCCCUCGGUCGCCUCGGGUCCUUCAUCGUCCGACGACAGGACACGGAAUUCUACCCCAGCCUCGGACUCCAGUACGCUCCCAACAACCUCGUCGCUUUCUGUGCUGCCACCCGAGGAGCCACCUCGCGAACACAUUCUUAAAGGAAUGCUGCCCCAGGACAGAGAUGCACAUCUCACCAUGAUGUAUCUCGAUUAUGUAUUUCCUUUUAUGUUUCCCUUCUAUCGGCCUUCAGCCCUGGAUGUCGGUCGAGGAUGGCUUCUCGCUCUCCUUACCAAGGAAAAGGCUCUGUUUCACGCAGCCCUUGGUAUGGGCGGGUAUUUCUAUGGAGUCAUUCUCAGUAGUCAGGCCCACGACUCGGAUUCAUCCCAUGAAUGCCUUGCACGCACCCUGGAAGAGCUCCACAACCAGCAGGGACUGGCCCUUCGAUGGCUGCAACAUGAGAUGCAGGAGAUUAUUACCCGUGGCGUAAAGGGCCAUCUUGCCGAAGCCAGCCGCGUCAUGGCGAGCAUCAUCCAGCUCCUGACGUGUGAGGUUGCCAUCGCUAAGCCCGACAACUGGGUGAUGCAUCUCGGUGCCGCAACCGAGCUGUACGACGAAAUCAUGAAGCAUCACGGUAUGGGCGAUCAUGGGCCGUGUUUCAUGAUGGUUCUGCUUCAACUAGGCACCCGACCCUUUUCAUGGACUCCCAAGACUCACCCAUGGGGGCUGGACCAGGCCAUCAUGCGCUUUUUCACCGCCCAGCUCCUCUUCAUAGACACAGUCGCCAGCACGACCCUGCAGCAGCCCCCACGUCUGCAUCGGCACCAUCAGUUUCUGCUUUGUGACUUCGACGAGGAAACGAAGAAGAAGAUGAGCGACGUCGAGAAGGAACAGACCACCCCGCACAUCAACCUCGAGGAGUUCGUUGGUGUGCAAAAUUGGGUCAUUCUCGCCAUUGGCGAGAUCGCUGCGCUCGAUGCGUGGAAGCAGGGGAUGAAGCGAGCUGGCUCGCUAUCAGUCGCGCAGCUGGUUUCCCAGGCGGCAGCCAUCGAGCAUCGACUUCACCAAUGCCUGCAAACCCUUCCGGACGCUGGCGUUAAACCUACGCAUUCAGGCCUGGUACACGGGCCACGCCCGAUUUUGCAAUAUUCCCUAGCCCCAGUGAUGCAUGACAGCACCUUGAACACUCGAAUCUGGGCCCAGGGAGCGCUCAUCUAUCUCGGCGUAGUGCUGUCCGGAUGGCAACCAGCAACCAGCGAAAUCCGCGACUCCGUCUCACAAGCUAUUGAGCUCCUGUCGAGUCUCCCGAACCCAGACAGCCUUCGCACGGUUGUGUGGCCCUUCGUCGUUGCUGGCUGCCUCGCAGCCCCUGACCAGGUGCAUAUUUUUCGCCAAAUGGCCAAUGCCAUGGGAUCGCCGAAGCCGUUUGGUACUCUUGGGGAUGGCCUCAGCAUCCUGGAGUAUGUCUGGGCACAUCGUUCAGAAAUCGACAACAAUCCGGACCAGUGGGACGUGGCAGCAUGCUUUAACUGCCUCGGUCGACCGGCCCUGCUGAUAUGAGCUUUAUAUCGAGAUAAGCUCGGAGACCAUUGUUGAUCUCGCCAACGCAGUCAUGACAAGUACGACAAGAGCAUGGGUUGGACUGCUCUCGGAAGCAGAUGGGUAUAUUGCUUUCUAGAUAAAGGUAUG